GGCUUUGACUUUGAGAGAAGGUUGCUGAUUAUGUACGUACAUACAUCAGUUUGAGUUUUGUAGAAAAGUAUUAUUCAAAUAUCAUGCAAUAUACGUAAAGUUUUAAUAAAUAUGGCACAAAAUUUGCAAAAAAAGCCGUCGAAAGGUAUUUUAAAAUCAUCGCGAAGUGUCGAUGCACCAGAAGGCGUACCAUCCACCAGUAAACGACCCAAAGAGCAGCGAUUUGAUGAGAUGAAUAUCAUGGAGACUUUUCAUCCUCCAAAUAAGGAUUAUGGACAUAUGAAGGUAGACGAACCGAAGACGCCUUAUUCGGAAGCAGUAGAUAGCGAUAUGGAGCCAAGUGAUGAAUUAGAUGCAAAUAUUCUAGCGGCAAAACUGGCGGCAAGCAUGAAUAAACCUCCGAAAUGUGUGGACAUGUGCGAUAGUGACGAAGACGAAACAGACGAUGCCAGACAGCGGCGAUUAGAAUUUGAAAAAAAGAGAAAAAUGCAUUAUAAUGAAUUUCAGGCACUGCAACUGGCAAGGCAGCUGUUGGCACAGGAGGAAGAUGAAGAUGAUGAUAAGGAGGCAGCAACUACCACCUGACUGUUUAUAUUACUACCAAAAGCAACACUAGGCAUGCACUGGGCAAGUAUGAGUUCCAGUUUAUCAGACAAUAUUCUCUUAGAGCAUACUAUUGGUGUUUCCCGUUUCUGAUUUGGCUGUUUAAAUAGUCAUAUUAAUCUGUGUUGAAAUUGUAUACUAGUGGGACAAGUUGACUGUUAUUAGCCUUGUACUGACUGAGCGAGAAGACUCGCUAGGAAGCCUCAGACAUUUGCCGCGGGAGGCCACCUCGGUCUUUGGAUUUUUUUGUGUAAGGCAGCCACUGACAAGCUGAGCCAGCAUCAAGCUCUCAGUUUGAUGUGAAGUCGAACAAAGACUGCAUGUGUUUAACGCAGGCUGUCCAGAGCAAGAAACAUUGUGGAGAAAGCCUUAGGCAUUUAUUUUGUGUUCAGAGUAUUGAGGAAACCCUUACUUACCUUACUAUAUAGAAUUAGAAAAAGAUUCCGUUGUUUGUUGAACAAGCGAGGCAAAACACAACCUUUAUAAGUACACAAGGCAAACUUACCGAGGCGCUUAUGAGGAUAGACAAAGACUGUCAACAUUUGGGCCGUGGCACGCUCGGGCGAGGCACAUUUUGACCGACCGAGUAUUUGGCUCUGGAGGCUGCUCGCUCAGUCAGUAUGUGGCUAUUAUUGAAAUUAUUUAUGGCAUCCUCAUUGUCAUUGACUGUUCAAUGUUGUUGCAGUUUGAUUUUUAUAAUGCAAAGUCAAUUAAUAAGUGUUAAGAAAAAGUUUGAUAAAUGUGGAUGAAAAAUUUUUUUCAAGUGAUUAAAUAUUUUAAAUUUAUUUUUGAAAGCUUGUCAGAGGACUUAGUUGCUAUGUGUGUUUAAUUUGUAAUAAUUAUUUCUGUUUUCCUGAUAUAUUUUUCAUACUAUAAUUAAGUAAAAAUAAUUGUCACCCAGACAAAGUGAAAUUUGUUGUAUUGAUGCCCUCAAUUUCACUUAGUGCCUUGAAAUUACACUGUCAUAGGAGUUGUUAAUCCUCUCCCCUUUGCAGAAAUACAAUUUCAAUAAAAUGACACUAAAUAUCUUCAUGAUGUGCAAGGAAUUCUGUUGUUUAAUCAAAAUUCAAGCUAUCAUAGGAAUCAUCAACAUGGAGAUUUUAGUUUUCCUGUUUCAAAUAUAAAUGAGUUAUAUUAAAAUGAUAAGUGACAUUUAUCACUCUCUACAUUAAUUUAGCUAUAUUAUGUGUUUUUCACUUGUGUACUUAUUUGCGUUUUGUUUUCUAUUAGAGAAUAGGUACCCUAGCUCUAUAAGAAACUAUUGAAUUGAAAAAAGUCACUUUCACAUUGCUUCUUUUGUAGAAUUAAAAAAUACAUUGGAUUACUUUGUUAACUAUUGAAUAUUUGAAAAUUCUAGUCUGUGACAAUGUGCUAUUUAGGUUAUAUUAAGUAAGUUGUUACAAAAUGGCAGUAACAUAUUUUGUGUUUAUGAAAUAAUCUGUCUCAAAGCAGUAUUUACAAAUAUAUUUUAUGAACAAAUUAAAUUUGAAAACAAAAUUUAUGAAUUAUGCGGAACUCGAACCAGCGUCCUCGCGUUCCGUGCGAGUGCACUUUUACGGAGCCAACCGUUCGAGUGACGUAUCGUUUAUAAAUCUUGUAUGUCUUAUUCAACUCUAAGGUUGUGGCUCCAUCUACAGGAUCUACUUUACAGUUGAUAACCUGUUCAACCCCAAUAUUUGCAUAUUAGGAAAUACACUUGAGAUAUCGCCAUUUCAAAUCUUAAUCUCUUUAGACAUGCAGGAUUUUUAAUCAAUACGUCACUCGGACUAUUGGCUCAUUGGAAGAGCGCUCGCACGAAACACAUGAGAUACAUUAACACAGGAUUUACUAACGAUACGCCACUCGAACGGUUGGCUCAUAUGGAAGAGUGCUCGUAAGGAACGCGAGAGGCUGCGGGUUCGAGUCCCGCAUCGUUCAUAAAUUUUGUUUUCAAAUUUAAUUUGUGUUAUUAAUCCCAGAAGUAAGGGUUAUCACUUUAAAAAAUAACAAAUUGUUUAUAUUUCAUAAACCUUAAACUAAUACAGCCAUAGUAUUUAUGCUAUUGUUAGAAUUACAGAGCAGCUAUUAAAAAUACUGCUAAAGUAAAUCUCACAAUCAAUAUUGACUUUUUACCAUCACUUAUAUGCUUGUUGAGAACUAAAACAUUUGGCCAUAAGGCUGAUGAAUGUUUUUCUUUAGACAAUCAGUCAUUAAACACCUUCUAAUAGAAAUGAUAGUUUGUGAUAGGCACAUUCAUAGGCCUUUAAUGCAUUUUUAUCUUUAUCUUACAUUAUAUACAUACCUAGUGUAUUUUAUUAUACUUUCGCAUGUUUAUAUUUAUGAAUAUUGUGAUGAAAAUUAAAUAAUAUUACCUAUAUGUAAAAAAAUCACAUACGCACAAUUUAAUCAUUACCAUUGGUUAGAUAGUAGAUAUUCAUAUUUUACUACAUCCCUUGUUGGAAGUGGGAUGCAACCAUGUAAUUUAAGGUCUGUGUGACGUCUGCAGACAGUCUAACAAAUGGAACUUUAAUUGUGAUUUGUAAAGUGGCUGAUGUCAGACCUGAUGUCACUAAGUUAGUGGACUGUAUAGUUUUCAAUGCACGUGGAUUAUAAAACUUUCAAAUUUGUGUCAAACCUGUAGGUAUAUUUAACAGAGCUUUGUAUUGCUUAACAAAUACCGAAUUUUUUUACAGUUGAACACAGAGAAACAUAUAUUUUGAAAUAAUUGUCAAUAUAAUGACGUAAUUAUUGUAUUGAGUACAUUGACGUACUAUAAACAAUAAGACUCCCAAUCCCCUAUUAAAAGAUAAUCAAAAAUGUCCGAGCAGCGUUGUAUAUACGUAUAUAUUAACUUAUACAGAUAAUAUUAAAACAUUCGUUCAAAUUAACACCUUUUUUCGAAGCGGUAAUGUUCAAAGUCUUGUAUACGCUCAUUGGAUUUUGUUCUCGAGAGUUUGAUUAUACUGCGAAAGAGAUGGAUGCGCACACGAGACAAGAACAUUAAAAACGUCAUUUUAGUUACACAAUAUUGUUAAUUCAAAGGGGCACAAAUUACGACACUCCAUCCCUUUUCUGUUUGGGUAUGCUGUUAUUUGGACAGUUUUUCAGUGAACACUGUCAUCGCGUGGCUUUGUAUUCGAAGUGCGGUCGAAACACAACAGUAUCAAAACUCUGCCUAAUGUCUAUUAGUACGUAGUAGUAGUACGUAGGCAGAGUUUUGCUCCAGAAAAUUUUUGAGCGUGAUUGUUUAUUGUACGUCAAUGAUAAAAUAUGAAAUAUGUAUGAAUAUACGGGCCACUUGUGUUACUAUAUUGCAUUGUGACAAAAUAAUUUAACACAAGUCAGUCACCUAUCAAUUUGGUGGGUAGUUUGACAUAACGUUCAAUUUGUGUUUAUAAAUAAAAAGUGUGGAAUUGUGUUUUUGUCGGUUAAAUAAUUGUACACGUCUUGUACUGUGUUCCUCUUUGAACUGUGUGGGUGUUUGAAUGUCAUGGUGUGACAAUACAUAAGUCUUAGGACGACGGGAGCAAAGUGGUGUGACCGGGGUCGAAUUGUGUGCACUACAACCUUAGGUCGGUUUGUAAUGUAUUGCGAUCGAUUGUAUCGAUUACAUUGUCUUUUAAGGUAGAAGAUCCUCCUUAUUGUCAGGGCCAUGUAUUCAAGCUAUCAUUCAUCGCCAUAAAUUUGUCAUAAAAACAAUUCCUAAUUUAAUAGCAAUAUAAGUAUGUUUUAGAGAUACUAUAACUAUUUUCGUCUCAAUUCCACAAGAUACGAAAAUCCUUCGACGAAUCUUGUCAAAAGCUUUCUCCUAGCUGAAUAUAAAUAUAUAAUAUGAUGAAUUAUUAUCAUUAAAACCUAUUAUUAUUACGUAUGUUUGUAUUACUGGUCAUUGAGAAUUGUGCCCAACAGUAAAUAAAAUUCGAGGUGUAAAAUAUGAGGUGAGGUAUAUUUUAGCAAAGUUAAUAUAGAAAUAAUGACGUGAUAUGUAACAAUAAAUUACUAAAAACGGAAAAUCUAUUUUAUAUGAGAUAUAAGAAAGCGACUGCUAUAAUAUUUUGUGUAGAUUCUUCCAGAAAUGAGGCUGUGUGGGAGUUAUAUUGUGUAUAGCGUUUAGGUGCUUGUUGGUUAUAGUUAGGUAUCUAUAUCAUAUAGCAUAUUGUGAUGUUUGGUUUCGUUAUUGAGAGAGAGGCCCGCUAUAUACGUAAUGACGUCGUUCUUUGUAUGUGAGCAAGGCCUAAAGCGGCGUUCUAAUUGGCCAUCGCUCGCGAUCUCGCUAAUUAUUUUAUAUGAACCGCGGUAUACCCACUGUUCGCGUUGAUGACUGUGAUAAAGAAUGGGAUUAUAAGUCGCUUCGCCUACUUACUUAUUCAAAAUCGAAUUUUACUCAAAUUUGAAUUAAAAAAAAUAUUUAUUGACUGUCACAUUGAUGCUCAAUGAGUUGCCAUUUUUCAACAGAUUAUUCGUACAAGUAGUAUCUAGGCAAAUUAAAUAUUGAUCGCAUGGCGGGAUGCAGUUUCCUUAUCUCCGGGAUUGUUGCAUCGCGAUAUCGUGCGAUGAACAAACGAUGCCAAUUAGCACAAUGCUUACUUGCAAUAAAUAGUCCUUUACUAUAUUAUAAAAGGAAUAAUUAACAUAACGACUUUUAAUUUUAUGCUUUGCUUAUUUACAUUGAAAUGCAAUACUUAUUGUACUUUGUAAUCGACUACGAGACUUUUUUUUUAAAUAAUAAUGCUUUUGUUUGUAUAAGAAAUACACUCGAAUCAGAAUUUGUCUGAUUCGAGUGUAUUGUUACAUUAUUUACAAAAAAUAUCAUUCAUAUAUAACUAUUAUAUCCUUAAAAAAUGUCAUAUUCGCGAUUCUGUUCUACUGUGGAUUAAAAUACGACAACAGAAAAAAUUGUCGCAUAAUUGGCUAUGUGCCAUUGUAAGGUCUGUUUGUCUGUUGUUUCCCACUAAGAAGUAACCACCACGCGAGUGACACAACCACUAGCCGUUUUACUGGUGCAGUAACGUGACUCGUGGUUGUGCCACUCACGUCAGCAGUCAAAACAAAUGUUGGUAUGUAAUAGUAGUGCUUAGGUAUAUUAAAGCCCAGACAAGUGUGUACAGUGUGUAAAGCAACAUUACAGAUAUUGAGUGGUGUCAACUUUAAGAAACGCCGGCCUAAUUAGCCGGCUACUGACUGUGCGAGCAGCCUCGGAUGUUUGCCGCGGGAGGCCGCCUCGGUCUAUAGACCUUUUGCUGCCGCGCGCGGCAAGGCUGAGCCAGCAUCGAGCUCUCAGUUUGACGUAAAGUCGAACAGUGAGCACGUGCUUAACGCGGCUUAUAUUGUGGACAAUUUUGCAUGAAACCGUACCUUCGGUAAGCUUUGACCACCACUGCCUUUAUAUUAAAUAUUUGACUGGUACAAAAAGGAAAAUAAAUUAGGGGCUGUCCAAAGCAAGAAGAGUUGUGGCGUUUUCCACGCCUUUGGCAUUUUAGGCUCUGAGUUCAGAAUGUUGAGGAAACCCUUAUUACUAUUAGAACCAGAAAAAGAUUCCGUCGUUCGUCUAACAAGCGAGGCACAACACAACCGUCUUGAGUGCGCGCGACAAACUUACCGAGGCGCUCUCGAACAUGGACAAAGACCGACAACGCUCGGGCGAGGCAGCGCGUGCGUUUGUCUCGGACGAGCAAGUCUUGACCGAUGGUGGAUUUGUCUCUCGCAGCUGCUCGCUCAGUCAGUACGCGGCUAUUGGUGUGUGGCAAGAGAAAUAUGCACAGAUCGCAUUCAGCGCACAUUCAACACACUUGUCCACUGCACCGUAUUAUACCGUGACCAUCCUAGGAACGUUUUAGGGAAAAAGUUUUUUGUAAAAGUAUGAGACUGGGUGAACUCGGAGCUUCAACACAUAAGUAGUACCUCAGUAGAACGUGUCAUGUUUAAUUCCUUAAGAAUACGUUCUUGAUAAAGUACGGUGUAGUUUUAUUCUUCACGUAAUACAAAUCAAAGCUUUUCAUUUGUAUAUUUUGUGAACAUCUUGAUGGAUCCAGUAUCUACAUGAUAUAUUAAAUUCAUUGCAUUCGUACAUGUAUAAGAUCGCCAAUAGGUCGAUCAUGAUUAACAUAUAACUUAAAUGAGUUUUUGAAAUGACGAUUUUUUUGAGAUAUCUGUGACGUUGCUAAGUUGGGCUUGACGCCUAAGAUAAAUUAUUAUAAAAUCUUCCAAAAUUAUAAAUUUCUGGUAAAUGUUGUGGUCUGGCUGCUAUGUUACUGAAUUGUUGAAAUUGUAAGUAGUUUAUGAUUAUAAUGUGCAAAAAUAUAGGCUUUCAUAUUUGGAGACCUAGGCGAGGUGUUGUAUAUAUUUUAUAGCAAUAAAGUUGUACUUUAAA